AUGGAUGGAAAAUUCAUAAAAUCAUAUAAAAAUGUCAAACCACUGAAAGAUUAUACAAUAUUAAAUAUUCAACAUGAAUUAGGUGAUGUAAGUGCACAACUAGAAGGUUUGAUAGUUCUUGGUGCAUUACCAAAUAAUUUCUACUUUCUUCCUUCAUCUUAUUCACAUAAUAAACAAUUUCAAUUAUUUUUAAUAAAACAUUUUCAAAUUCCAAAAGGAAAAUUUUUUCAAUUCCCAUCCUAUCGUUUAUUAUAUGUUAUAUUUAAUUUAAAUCAAAUGAUUCAAAUGGAAUUACUAAAAAAACAAGAAAAACCUAAUAAUCUUCUUGUAUUAGAUGAUGGAGGUUGUUUUUAUGAAGCUUUAACCAUUUUAUUUGCUAUUAAUGAUAAUUUAAUCGAACCAAAUAAAUUAUUUGAUAAUCUUCCAUUAUCAUUAAGAAUUUUUAAAUUUGAUAUAAAAUUAAUUUUAUCAUAUUUAGAUUCAAUUGAAAUUCGUCUUGUUGAACAAACAUCACGUGCAUUUCUUAAUAUGUUAUCUUAUUUAUUUUAUGAUGCAAAAUCUCAUUUAACAAAUCGUAAACCAUCGAAAUUUGAUAAAUGUUUAUUAGUUGGAUAUGGAGCUAUUGGAGAAGCUGUUGCUUAUGCAUUAAUACAUAAGGGAGAUUUAGGAUUAUUUUUAAAAGAUUUACUUUAUAUUUGA